CAGAGCUCCAUUAGGCGUCAGGCAGUACCUUACCUUGGACCAAGAGACCCUGCAUUCACUCAAGGGACGCGCUUUCAACGUCUACUCUCUUAAUUGCUCCAGUCUCGACAAUUACUCUACCUGAAUUCAACAACAGCACUCCGUUACACAUCAGUCUAGCAUGAACGUCCAGUACAACUCGGCCCUGCGCCAGAGCAAGGCCAUACGCAACGACCUCGAGAAGCUUUCCACCUCAGCUGCGCAACCAGCUGCCCUGACCCCAGCCGAAAUUGGCAACGUCUCCGCCUCCCUCGCCUCCUUUUCCAAGACCGUCGACGAAUACAACCAACUAGCCCGCCAGGAGCUCGUACCUAAGAAACAAGAAGAAGCCUACGAGCGGGUGAAACGGUUCCGCGAUGACCUCUCCGAUUUCAGAUCACAGGUCGACUCCCUCAAGAAGGCUCGCGAAGAAGCCGCCCACAGCAACAAUCGAGGCGAGCUGUUAGGCCGUCGAGCUUAUGUUACUGCUACCCCCGAGAACCCUUACGCCAACGUCAACAAGUCAUCACAGUUCCACAGCCGAGGAGCAUCGACAGGCAAGGCGGGCGGCGGUGGACUGAGCAUGGGCGGGAACGAUGUCACAAGGGAACAACACGCCCUACGAGAGCAGAACUUCUUCGCUAGCACCAACUCGGCCUUGGACGAAUACAUUGCUCGAGGACAAGCGGUACUAGGCGACCUGGGAACACAGCGUGAGAUGCUCAAAAACACCCAGAAGAGGCUCUACUCCGUCGGCAAUACGCUGGGCAUUUCUGGCGACACCAUUCGCAUGAUUGAGCGCCGCGCCAAGGAAGACAAGUGGAUCUUCUGGGCCGGUGUCAUCAUCUUCUUCCUCUUCUGCUGGGCGUGCAUACACUUUUUACGGUAGAUGCACAUCAGGAUGGGGUUGCGCCGCCAGAGACGAGAAAACGAAGUUUGGGAAACAAUCAGGGCAAAAGGCGUUUGGAGUCGGCGGGGCUGCAGCUUAUGCGCCGUGCAAACUUUUGGUCAUCAUGGAG